UAUGAGAUACACCCCAUCUUUUUCUUCGCCAUAAAUGUUCUACUUUUUGUAGGUGGUUCUACCUACUUCACUUAAAAAGGUGCCUUGUUUUCAGAUAUUCUGCAGGGGCUUAUUCACAUUCCAGUUUCUUCAUACCUCAAGAUUGUUUUGAUGGGGAAGAUAACAGUGACCAGUUUGCUACUUGGAAUACUCAUUCAUGUAAUUGUGGUAUAUGCUGAUGUAAAGAACUUGAACAUAUGGCCCAUGCCAAGUUCGGUGUCCCAUGGAUACAACACUCUUUAUAUUGCGAAAGAUUUUAAGCUAAGGACAUAUCAAAGUAAAUAUGCUGAUGCCUCAGGAAUUCUGAAGGAUGGAUUUACAAAGUUAGUUGACAUCAUCAAAGGAGCCCAUGUUAUAGAUUAUAAUUAUCCUGGAUCUAGUUCAUCCGCAAUUUUACAAGGAAUUCAUGUUAUUGUUGCUUCGCCAAGUGAUGAGUUACAAUAUGGUGUUGACGAAUCUUACAACUUAGAUGUCCCUAUGCAAGGAAAGGCAGCAUAUGCACUUCUUAAGGCACAGACAAUUUAUGGGGCACUGCAUGGCUUGCAGACAUUCAGCCAAUUGUGCAAUUUUAACAUUAGCACAAGAGCAAUCGAAGUUCGUCAGGUUCCCUGGACUAUAUCUGAUCAACCUAGGUUCUCUUAUAGAGGCUUGCUAAUUGAUACAUCUCGCCACUAUUUGUCAUUGCCAGUGAUAAAGAAGGUUAUUGAUUCAAUGGCUUAUGCAAAGCUGAAUGUGUUACAUUGGCACAUUGUAGAUACACAGUCAUUCCCUUUAGAGAUACCUUCAUACCCAAAAUUAUGGAAUGGUGCUUAUUCUCUUGAAGAACGAUAUACAAUGGCUGACGCUGCUGAGAUUGUGAGAUAUGCUCAAAGACAAGGAAUUAACGUACUGUCUGAGCUUGAUAUUCCAGGGCACGCACAAUCCUGGGGGGUUGGUUAUCCUUCAUUAUGGCCAUCAGACAAAUGUAUGGAGCCACUUGAUGUCAGCAAUGAAUUUACCUUUAAGUUAAUAGAGGGGGUUCUCUCUGAUUUCAGUAAAAUCUUCAAAUAUAAAUUCGUUCACUUGGGAGGCGAUGAAGUCGAUACGACUUGCUGGGAAAAAACACCUCAUGUAAGCGAAUGGUUAAAGAAAAAAAAUAUGAAUGGCACUGACGCUUAUGAGUAUUUUGUCUUGCGAGCACAGAAAAUUGCCAUGUCGCUUGGAUAUGAAGUUGUCAACUGGGAGGAGACCUUUAAUCACUUCGGCAAUAAAUUGGACCGCAAAACUGUAGUCCAUAACUGGCUAGGGGGAGGUGUUGCUGAGCGAGUGGUUGCAGCUGGGUUGAGGUGCAUUGUAAGUAAUCAAGGCAAGUGGUAUUUGGACCAUUUGGAUAGCACAUGGCAAGAUUUCUACAUGUAUGAACCACUCACAAACAUUACCAGCCCUGCAAAACAGAAAUUGGUUAUUGGUGGUGAAGUAUGUAUGUGGGGUGAGCACAUUGAUGCCUCGGAUAUUGAACAAACAAUAUGGCCACGUGCCGCAGCAGCUGCAGAGAGGUUGUGGACAUCGUCCAAUCAGCUGGCUAAAGAUUCGCAAGAUGUAUAUCCAAGAUUAUCGCACUUUAGGUGUCUUUUAAAUCAAAGAGGUGUUGCAGCUUCACCAGUAAAUGGGUAUGGACGGAAUGUCCCAUCAGGUCCAGGCUCCUGUUACCAACAAUAGUCCGAUGAAUUGAUGACGACCGAGUUUACUAAUAAUAAUAGAAAUGGAAAUGUUGAUGAAAUCCAGUGGUACCGUAAUGCAGCAGCUCAUUUUUCUUGGUUUUUACAGAGUAAAAGUUAGAUGUUGGACAACAUGUUUUCUUUGCAUGUCCAGUUGCUUAAACAUUUUUAUCUUUCUGUAGCCAUUAGAGCAUACUCACAUAUCCAAAACAGAGAUGCAAAAAAGCCUGGACGGCCUGAGAUAACCGGAAAAAGUCCGGCCUCGACCGGGACCUUCAACGUGCCAGGCUCGGCAAAACUCCUGUCUUAUACAGAUUUUUUAAAAGCUGGUCCGUCCGAUUAAAGUUCUUAUAAGAUUUUAUUAAUAUAAUAAGUUUAUUUAUUUA